ACUUCACUUUCACAAGCAAAUCAAGAGUGUCCCACCAAUCAAUUAGGCCAAAGAAAUAUGAGCUUCAUUCAAAUACUUGCAAUUGUCAGAAGCAGUGGCCAGACCUAGUUUAAUAAAAAAAAAAAAAUUGAAGAUGAACAAAAUUAGCAGGAAAUUGAUAAAACCAAACACCCCAACUCCGCAAACCCUAAAAAAUUACAAAAUUUCGUUUCUAGAUGGGUUUCAGCUGCCCAAGAAUAUUUGUGUUUUUUUGUUUUACGAAUCCAAACCGGAAGAUUCUGGCCAGUUGGAAGAAUCGCUCGCCAGAAUCUUGGUUGAUUUCUAUCCUCUUGCAGGAAGAUUCAUCAAGAAUGAUAGUUUGGUCGAUUGCAGCGAUCAAGGAGCCGAGCUCGUCGAAGCAGAAGCUCCGGGCGACGUCGAGCUGAUCGACCUCGUCACGAAAAUCGAUAUCGAUCGGCUCAACGACCUCCUCCCGGAGCAACACUUCCGAUUCGACGAAGCUCCCUAUAAUCCACUCCUCUCAAUCCAAAUCACACGUUUCUCGUGCGGCGGCGCCGCCGUCGCCAUCAGCGUCUCGCAUAGGGUCUUCGACGCGUCGUCGCUGGAGACGUUCGUCGCCGCCUGGUCGACCGCGGCCAAUCCGGAUGACGGGACGGCCGGGAGAAUAAUCCCCCGGCCGUCUUUUCACCUCCCCUCGCUGCUCCCAUCCAAGAGCCGCGAGGAGUUGGCCGCGGAUCUGGGCGGACCGCGGGCGCCAAGAACCGGUCCGCCCGGACCGGACCAAAAGUUUGUUUUGAAAAGGCUUUUGUUCAGCAACGAGGCCUUAACCGGCCUCAAAUCCAGAGUAACCGGAAAACCGGUCUCCGGAGUGCGUGUUGUGUGUGCCGUCAUAGCCAGAGCCCUGAUCCGGGUGGACCGCGCCGUCCACGGCGGCGGCCGAGGCUCCGUCGUGUUUCAAGCGGUUAACAUGCGGGAGAGAACAAUCCCACCUCAGUCGAGAGACGCGUGCGGGAAUUUCGUGAUCCCGACAAUCACGCGGCGGAUAGAAGGCGACGACGUUGGUCUCGUCGAACUUGUUCGACUGUUGGGGGAUUCUGUUCGAGACGCCAUAGCUGCUCAUGUUGAGAUCCUGUCGCCUGACAGGGAUGGGCGCGGAAUCAUCACAAACACUGUGAAAAACUUGAUCAAACACGGAUACAGAGCUGAAACCAAUCUCAUCAUAGUCUCGGAUUUGACUAGGUUUCGAUUCGACGAAGCCGAUUUCGGGUGGGGGAAGCCGGUUUGGAGCGGCAUCGGACCGCAGCAGCCGCUUGGCAACAUUGUGAAGCUCAUGAGAAACAAAGAGGGUGAUGGGAUUGAGGCGAUCGUGAUGUUGAAGGAAAAUGAGAUGUGUUGCUUUGUGCAAGAUGAGGAGAUCAAGAUUUUCAUGUCCUAGCUCAUGAAUGAUUUCAUGGUUUAGGAAUAUUCUACUUUUAAAUUGUUGGAAUUGUUGUCGUUGAAUAUCAAUUGCAAUUAUCGAAUAAUUAAUUAAUUUGUCUA